AUGGCCUCAUCAAAACGAUCAUCGUUGGGAUUACACAUGAUGAGUACGCGCAAGCGGCUCGAGCUGGAAGAAAUGUUUGCAGCGUUUGACAAAGACAAGGACGGCAAAGUAUCACCGGCCGAACUACAAGAAAUGCUAAAGUCAGCAGGCGUUAUUUCUGAAGCAUCAGACACGGCAACAACAACAACAACGGCGCUGCAAAAAGUGCACACAGACACCGAUGGCAAUUUGACGUUUGAAGAGUUCGCACGACUGAUGCGACCGACACUGUCCAACCCGGUACGGCUGACCAAGAAACAGCAAGAGCUAAAGGAGGCGUUUGAUGCGUUUGACCGGGACGGGAAUGGCGUGAUCCAUGCAGACGAGCUGCUGGCCAUGAUGCACCAGUUGGGUGAUCGCAUCACCAAGGACGAGGCAGUAAAGAUGAUCCAGGAAGCCGACCAUGACCAGGAUGGGGUCAUUAAUUUCCAUGAAUUUUCUCUCAUGAUGGGUGUCAAGCCACCUGCUGGCGAUGCUACCGAUCCCUUGUCGCCGCUGUCUUCGCCUACGUCUCCAACAAGUACGGAUACUUCAUGUCCGCAUCAUCAUCAUGAGCGUAAACACCAUCGGUACUCUGUACGCAAGUUCUUUUGUAAAUGCCAUCAGCAGCAGCAGCAGCAAUAA